AUGGAAGAAAUCCAAAGAUAUAAGAUUUUACUAAUUUCAUUAAUAUUUGUAGUCUUCAUAUUUUAUUUUUAUGAACCUGAUUUCGAAUAUUUGGAAACAGUUACCGGAAUAUUGAGCAUUGUAGCAGGAGAGCCGAUAAACGCCUCAUUUCCGAUUACAUUCUAUCAAUCGGCAUAUGUUGAUUACCGAUUUAAUCCACCACGUCUUCGAAUUUUCACACUAAACAAAUGUGUAAAAAAUCAAUUUCUGUUAGCUGACCUACAUUUUGAUAGAGAUAUUUCUGCCUCAGUUAGAAAAAAUAUUUACGGAAAACCUAUGGAAAGCCACUGUCCAUCGGCAUAUAUCCCAGCAUCACCGUGUUUCUAUAGUCCAUAUAUAUUUUCAAUUAGCUUAAAACCAAAUGAAGAUCCUAAAAAAGUAACCAUUUUCUUAGGGAAUAGGACAGUCGAGCUAAAUGUUCAAAAGGUUUAUACAAAGUCAACGGAAGGGAUUACUGUAUGUCUCCAACCAGUAUACUACUACUCUCAAUGGCAAAAUAUUGUACUGUACAUUGAAGCAUGGAGAGCCCACGGAGCCACUCGUUUUAUUGUAUACUUUCAUUCUGCGACUAAAGAAACUUGGAAGACGUUGGAGUAUUACAGAGACUUGGGAAUUAUUGAAAUUAAACCCUGGCCCAGUUUUCCAAGUUUACCAGUUGAUAUCGCUGAUAAAUAUCCGAAAAUUGAUGAUAGCGUUUUCAUACUUUCAUAUUUCAUGGCUAUGAAUAUCUGUAUUCUCGAUAUCAAAACAACAAUUGGAACUGUUGCUGAUUUCGAUGAAGUCAUGGUUCCAACGAAUGGUAGACUUUUGGAUUACGCGACCAAAGAAAUGGCGAAUACAAAAGUUGGAGCUCUCAUCUUUCAAAACCAUUACGUAUCAUUGACUCCAAGAAUCUAUACAUCUAACUUUUCUGGAGUGCGUUCACCAAAAUUCCUGACUUUCAAUCGUCCACCAAAAGUAGACUACAUUUUCAACGCAUCCACUAUUGCUGUUGCACAAGUUCAUGUUCCCGAUAGCUUUAUUGAUUCUUCCAUGCGAAGUGAAUAUGCAGACGGUGCCCUUCUUCAUUUUCGAUAUAAAGUUGAGUCUGAAAAUCUUAAAAUUACGGAAAAGCCUUUCCGUUUCUUCCCUGACAACCAUUCUCCUCAUAUCACAAAUAUGGAAGAUACGGCUCAAAAAAUAUUCAACGGCGCAAUGCUAACGUUUUCUUCAAAGCCCUACGACACCUUACAGAAAUGUGUCAGAAAAAUCAUCCCAGUGGAAGAUAAAGUGUGCCGAAGUACGGGUGGAAUAUGCAAAGAGGAAAUGGAUAAAGUGAAUGAUUGGGUUUAUGAUAAAUCUGAUCCAUUAUUUUUGGUUGGGGCCUAA